UGUUUCGCCAUUUGACAGCACCGUCAGCUGUCAAAUAGCGCAACCCACGACAGCAAAGUUAAAAAGCAAGUUUUUUUUCUACCAAUCGAUCGGGAAUCAGUCGUAAGAAAAGUGUUCGCCCGUUUGUGUAACGAAAAUGCCGGAAAACGCUCCAGUCGCCGAGAUGGAAAAUAUGGAUUUAAACAAGCAAAAGGCAUGAGUUACCAAAACAUCACUAUACUUAACUCCUAGCAUUGGCACCUGGUGUGUGGUGUGGUGCGUGUGCCAUCAUCUGCCAACGUGUGUUUUGCUGCGUCCGGUGUGUUGUUGGUGUAGAAAAAGUGCAUCGAAAAGGGAAACCCCGUUCGAAUUAGAUGAGCUAAGAAAGGCUAAGAAGUUCAGAGACAAUGCAACAGACAGUGGGUGUGUUGGUGCGCCGGUGUGCACGAUGGACGAUGAUGGUCGGUGCUGGCGGCAGCCCGAUUGCGUACCGUGGAAGUGGCAGCCGGGAAUGGUUGAUGUUACGGCAAUUGCAUCGAAUAGCGCAGCCUACUAUUGGAAGCCAGCAGCAUGGUCCUCGUCAGAAUCGCGCCUUUGCUACACUGGCAAGCAAGGCGAAGAAGGAGAAACAGAAGAAUGCUGCAGCCGAUAAAGCAGCCGCUGCCGCUGCUGCUCCGGCCGGUCAGGCUUCCGGCGCAGCCGAAGCCGGCAAGGAUGGGCCAGAAUUUAUUGACCACCGGAUUAAGAUCUAUGACGAACUGAUGGCGCAGUACAAGGAGGAGCUGGAAAAGAAGGAGAAGACUCCCAUCAAGGUUACGCUACCCGACGGCAAGCAGGUCGAGGGAUUGAGCUGGCAAACAACGCCGUACGAUGUGGCACGGGGAAUCAGCCAAGGGUUGGCCGAUAAUACCGUGAUUGCGCGCGUAAACAAUGAACUGUGGGAUCUGGACCGUCCGCUCGAGGGAGACUGCAAGCUGCAGCUGCUGAAGUUCGAUGAUCCCGAUGCACAGGCCGUAUUCUGGCACAGCUCGGCCCACAUUCUCGGAGAAGCGAUGGAAAAACGAUACGGUGGACAUCUGUGCUACGGACCUCCGAUCGAUAAUGGCUUCUACUACGACAUGUUCCUGGAGGGUAGCGGUAUCUCCAACCAGGACUAUGGCGCGCUCGAAUCGGAGGUUAAGCGCAUCGUAAAGGAGAAACAACCGUUCGAGCGGCUGGUGAUGAAGAAAGCCGACCUUUUGCGCAUGUUCGAGUACAACCAGUUUAAGGUGCGCAUCCUGAACGAGAAGGUUACGACCGACACAACAACGGUGUACCGGUGUGGUCCGUUGAUUGAUCUGUGCCGUGGGCCACACGUGCGCAACACGGGCAAGGUGAAGGCGCUGAAGGUGGUGAAAAACUCGGCCACCUAUUGGGAGGGUAAGGCGGACGCGGAAACGCUGCAGCGCGUGUACGGCAUCUCGUUCCCGGAUCCGAAGCAGCUGAAGGAAUGGGAAAAGAUUCAGGAAGAAGCGGCCAAGCGUGACCAUCGGAAGUUGGGCAAGGAGCAGGAACUGUUCUUCUUCCACGAACUUUCGCCCGGUUCGUGCUUUUUCCAGCCCAAGGGUGCCCAUAUCUACAACACGCUGAUGGGAUUCAUUCGCAGCGAGUACCGCAAGCGUGGCUUCCAGGAGGUGAUUUCACCGAACAUCUACAAUGCGAAGCUGUGGCAAACGUCCGGCCAUUGGCAACAUUACGCGGAGAAUAUGUUUUCGUUCGAGAGCGAAAAGGAAACGUUCGCACUGAAGCCGAUGAACUGUCCGGGGCACUGUUUGAUGUUCGAUCAUCGCAACCGAUCGUGGCGUGAGCUGCCGCUGCGUAUGGCCGACUUCGGUGUGCUUCAUCGAAACGAGCUUUCCGGUGCGCUGACCGGAUUGACGCGUGUACGUCGAUUCCAGCAGGACGAUGCCCACAUCUUCUGCAUGCCGGAUCAAAUCCGUGAGGAGAUUACCGGCUGUCUGGACUUUUUGCGGCACGUGUACACAAUCUUCGGAUUCACGUUCAACUUGGUUCUCUCUACCCGACCGGAGAAGUAUCUUGGCGAGAUUGAGGUGUGGAACGAGGCCGAAAAAGCGCUAGCAGAUUCGCUGGAUAAGUUUGGCGAACCGUGGAAAGAGAACCCGGGCGAUGGUGCGUUCUACGGUCCGAAGAUUGACAUUACGAUCAUGGACGCGCUCAAGCGUAACCAUCAGUGUGCUACGAUCCAGCUCGAUUUCCAGUUGCCGAUCCGGUUCAAUCUGAACUACAUCGACGAUAGCGGCGAGAAGAAACGGCCGGUCAUCAUUCAUCGUGCGGUGCUCGGUUCGGUGGAACGUAUGAUUGCAAUUCUGACGGAAAAUUAUGCCGGCAAGUGGCCGUUCUGGUUGUCGCCCCGGCAGGUAAUGGUGGUACCGGUGGGACCGGCGUACGAUGACUAUGCCGACAAGGUACGGCAGCGUCUGCACGAGGCUGGGUUCAUGGUGGAGGCCGAUCUGGAUGCGGGCGAUACAAUGAACAAGAAAAUCCGUAACGCACAGCUGGCACAGUUUAACUUCAUUCUGGUGGUCGGCGAGAAGGAACGAAGCUCGGAAACGGUAAACGUGCGCACACGAGACAACAAGGUGCAUGGCGAGGUAACGGUCAAUGAUUUGGUUGCAAAGCUUUCCAAGCUGCGCGACGAGUAUGCUCGCGGAGAAGAUCAAUUUUAAACGGAACGCGUUGAUCCGCCCAAGCAUUUAGAGAGGCGCAUAGGGGCGCGAAGUAAAGAAGCUAUGCAUCUGCAUUAGCACCGAAUACGAAAGCCAAUGUGGAUUUGCAGUGAUCAGACAGGGUCUGUUUAUUCUUGGAAGUUUCUAAUUAAGUUAUUGAGUUCAUCAUUCGUUCUGCUUGUACUAGUUCCACCCUCCCGGAUACUGUUUAGAAUGAAAUAAAGUUCAUUUGGAAUUUAAUCUAAAA